AUGUCUGGCGAAAAGGACAAGAUGCUCUCCGAAGGACAUCCGGACACGAAAGCACAUCCGAACACGGUAGGACAGUCGAACACGGAAGGACAGUCGAACACGGAAGUACAGUCGAACACGGUAGGACAGUCGAACACGGUAGGACAGUCGAACACGGUAGGACAGUCGAACACGGGGAUCUCUUGUGACAAGACCGAACGGGCAGAGAUAUUUGCCAAGGUCGAGAAAGAGAAGAAGGAGCUUCGCCCAGCAGAGCAACAUUUAUUUUCCGAGAUACAACUUACUCUGGGCUACUACAGCUUACUGCGGAACGUCGACUUGAUCUCAACAGCCGAAACGACUCAGCGUGUCCUUGCCGAGGCCCGGUUUGCCAUAGCGGAACUCAUAUACCUUCUGGCUUUUCGGAUCAACAUGCUGUUUGUCGAAAUCUCAUGCGUCUUUCCGACUCUUGAUGGGGACAACUUUGUGGAAAUGCAUUCGUCUCUCGAUGCCGAGGCGCCAGCCACCAAGAUCCGUCCUAUCAUAUUCCGUUAUGCGGCAGAGAUUCUGGUCCGAGGCUUGGAGGCCAUCAGGGCUCCAAAAUGGAAUUUGAGCAAUGAGGAUCCUCCGAGCCCUCUCCUUCAGUUGGAAAGAAAUCUCGCUCAAUCGUUUCUAUUCAUGGUGAAUCAUCUACGGGCAUAUGAAUGCCACCUCUCGGGAUGGUACAACGAGAGGCAGAGGACAGGGGACAUGCCCGGCCUUCUAGCCUUUGUCCGCGCAGCAGAAAAAGGCUUGCCCAAUCAUCUCAUCGUCGCUGUCCAGAGGCACACGCCAUGGGGCGGCAAGAGUUCUGUUCCUUUCUUCGACCCUUUCCCGCUGCUGCACACGCAGUGGAAUCGAUAUUCAACAGUCGACUUAUUUACGCGCACUCCUGCUGCACUGGCGUCGACGAUGCUCAGCGGUCUCGCGACCUGCGGACAGCGCGUUCCCGAGUAUCUGAUCACGGAGCACAACUCGAGGUUCAAGUUGUCGAAGUCCAAAAAAUUUGAAAGUCAUGACGACGGAGUCUGGACGGCUAGCUCGACAGGUGGCCCUGGCCCAGCAACCAAGGGGGGGAUUGACCUAUGCCAUCACCCUGAUCCGCCACGGUUCUGCGGCACUGACUCUGCGAUCUUGGCCCUGGCUGGCGUCCACCUCGGGGACAACACUGAGUCCCCCGACGACUCGGAGGCACUUCGGAUCAAUUUCGUCCCUCCUGAAAGAUGGGAAGCCGAAUUCCGCGACGUUCAGGACCCAUCGGAUGCCGUGCUACAGGUCUGGGAGUACACAUCACAGGCCUCGCCCUCGACACAGCGCAAACGCAAGCAGGGCGAACACUCCGUCGAAGGGGAUCCUGCGUUGGAGUCCGGCCAAGCCCCUAAGCGUCGUGUAUCGGUAUUCCCCGAGACCCGCGGUAUCCAGGCUAUGUAUUUCGGGGCCGUUGGGGAGGGGGCAGAGUUCAGAAUCACGUACGAUUGGGGAAACUCGCAGGAGUGA